UGAAGAGAGUAAUCCAGAUUGAAGUAUGAGCGCUGAAACAAGCCAGGGGGUAAUCACAACGCCUCCACCUCCCAGCAUGCCUCACAAGGAGAGAUAUUUUGACCGCAUCAAUGAAAAUGACCCUGACUAUAUCCGUGAAAGAAACAUGUCUCCUGACCUCAGGCAAGACUUCAACAUGAUGGAACAAAGGAAGAGAGUCACCCAGAUACUGCAGAGUCCUGCUUUUCGGGAAGACCUGGAAUCUCUUAUACAUGAACAGAUGAAGAAAGGCAAUAACCCAACUGGACUGCUUGCAUUACAACAGAUUGCCGAUUACAUUAUGGCGAGUUCUUUUGCAGGGUUUUCUUCAUCUCCUUUAAGCCUUGGAAUGGUUACACCCAUCAAUGACUUACCUGGGAUAGACACCACUGCAUUUGUGAAGGGCGAAAAACUUACUCGUUGUAAAUUAGCCAGCUUGUAUAGGCUGACUGAUUUAUUUGGAUGGGCACACUUGGCUAAUUCAUAUAUCACAGUAAGAGUAAGCAAAGAACAUGAUCACAUUCUUAUCAUUCCAAAAGGCCUGUCAUUUUCUGAAGCUUCUGCCUCCAAUUUGGUAAAAGUAAAUAUCAUAGGAGACGUAGUUGACCAGGGGUGCACCAACCUAAACAUUGACAGUACAGGAUUCAGUCCUCAUGCAGCCAUCUACUCCAUGCGUCCUGAUGUUCGAUGUGUGAUCCAUGUACACACUCCAGCAACAGCAGCUGUUUCUUCUAUGAAGUGUGGCAUCCUUCCUAUAACUCAAGAGGCUCUGAUUCUAGGAGAUGUUGCCUAUUACAAUUACCAAGGCUCUCUGGAUGAACAGGAAGAGAGGAUUCAACUCCAGAAAGUUCUUGGACCAAGCUGUAAGGUGCUGGUCUUGAGAAACCAUGGGGUAGUAGCUCUAGGAGAGACAUUAGAGGAAGCCUUCCACUACAUCUACAAUGUACAAAUAGCUUGUGAAACACAGGUGCAUGCCUUGGCUGGAGCAGGUGGCGUAGACAAUCUUCUUAUCCUAGACUUGCAGAAAUAUAAACCUUUCACACACCACGUGGCAGCAGCCGGAGGAGGAGGAGUUAAUAUGGCUUCUCAGUUCAAAUGGAAAGUUGGAGAACAAGAGUUUGAAGCACUAAUGAGGAUGCUGGACAACCUGGGCUACAGAACUGGCUAUGCUUAUCGGCAGCCUUUAGUGCGGGAGAAACCCAGACACAAGAGUGAUGUUGAGAUUCCAGCCACCGUGACUGCCUUUUCCUUUGAGGAUGAUUCAGUCCCAAUUUCCCCUCUCAAAUUCCUAGCACAGAAACAGCAGCGGGAGAAGACAAGAUGGUUGAACUCCCCAAACUCAUAUUUGAAAGUGGAUGUUCCUGAAGAAUCCCGAAAUGGAGAAACCAGUCCCCGGACUAAAACCACAUGGAUAAAAGCUGAAGAUUCAUCUAAGGUUAACAGUGGAACUCCAAUAAAAAUAGAAGAUCCAAACCAGUUUGUUCCUAUGAAUACAAAUCCAAGUGAUGUGCUGGAAAAGAGGAAUAAGAUUCGGGAGCAAAACCGGUAUGACUUAAAGACUGCAGGACCACAGUCUCAGUUGCUUGCUGGAAUUGUUGUGGAUAAGAAGCCAAGUACUCCCAUGCAAUUUGAAGAAGAUGAGCAUGCCCCACCUGCCCCUCCCAACCCGUUCAGCCAUCUCACAGAAAAGGAACUGGAAGAAUACAAGCGGACAAUCGAACGCAAACAACAAGGAGUUGAGGAUGCGGAACAGGAAUUAUUCUCAGAUGACGGGUCAUCUGUUUCACAAAUACACUCUCAAACUCAGUCCCCGCAAAAUGUCCCUGACAAAUUAGAAGAAAAUCAUUAUGAUUAUCUUCAGGAUUCUACCCUCAUCUCUCUAGAUGUUCCAAGUGUGGUGAUGAAUGGCAAGGAAGAUGAACAUGACGUGGAAGAGGAUCUCGCACAAAGAGUCAGCCAAUUAACCACUAGUACUGUAGAGAAUGUUGAGAUUACCAUUAAAACUUCUGAAAAGAUUGAGGAGGCCCUUUCCCCUGAGGGGUCUCCUUCCAAAUCACCAUCAAAGAAAAAGAAGAAAUUCCGUACUCCAUCUUUCCUGAAAAAGAGCAAAAAGAAGGAAAAGGCGGAAGCCUAAGUACAACUCACUCUAAGGCUACAUUGCACAUUUCAAACCCACAUUUUAAUCAGCCAUUAACAUGGUCAGUUUAGGUAGGGUUGUGUAGUAAACUGGGCCUUAACCUAAGAACAGAACUGGAAGAAACUAGACCACUUUAUGUCAAUUAAGCAAAGAAUUCAUCUCUCGAUUAGUAUGAAUAAAAUCACUUUGAGGGUUUGAAAUAUUGAAUAUUCCACCAUAAACUGACAUUGCCAGGGGUUCUAGUACAGCACUAUUAUAAUACAUACUCCUUUGCAGUAGCAAGUUACUCCUGGAAAAUUUUCUGGAGUAGAAAAUCUUCAGUACAGUUUCACUAAGGUAGCUGUUGAGUUAUCAUAUAAUGUUUGUUUAAUCUACUGCCUCAUUGAGUAAUUGGAUGAUACUUCUUGGUAUUGUGAUAUGACCAUAGCCUAUGUUUUGGCCCCACUGUGGAGGGCACUUCUUACCACACCUUGUCAAGAGUUGGUCGUCUAUAAUUAUUAUGCACUGGCACAUAAUAUUAGAGGGGGGAAACUGUAAAAGGAAUUGCAUUUGGAAUUUUACAGAUUGCAUUCAUCACCAAUAACUUUUGCCAAAUACUUCAUUUUAGUAAGGUAUAAUUUUUGAAAACUUUUUUUAUUCUAUCAGUUGGGGGGCAGAGAGAAAGCCCUUAUUUUUCAAUAAAGGGGGUUUUAUACACUUAACAUUGAUAACUUAGUUUAACUAUGGCAAAAGAGAAAAAAGAAUUUUAUAUGUUGAAACUUUUGUAUACCACUCAGUAUAAAGUAUUAUAGGCAUGUAAACCAAGUAUUUUAACCAUAGAGAUUAUUAAGGAUGCUUGGUUGUAGAGUAUACUUAAAUAUAAUUCAGGAAUCCAGAAGCUCUGAUACCAGAUGUGGAAAACAUGCAAGUUUAACUGGAUUCAGAUUUAAAUCUCACUCUAUUUUUUCCUUGUGGUAUUGCUAUUGAAUGAAGAAAAAUAAUCUUGUUAACGUGGGGCCUUUUCAGGAGAUCAGUUCAAAGCACGUCCCAGCUGCAUUUUAGCCUUUGUGGGCUCUGCAGUUAAUUCAGCUAUAAAGCUUCAAGGCAAAGUCUUGAGGGACUAGCUGGCCAGAGCUGAAACCAACAAGGGGUUUUUUUCCACCCUUUGCUUUGAUGUUCCAGUUCAGCUCCCAUGUGAUUUCCCUUUUUGGAAGCUGAGUGCUGGCACAGCUUGGCAAGGCAUGGAGGGAAUACUUUUGCUGCUCUUCAUCAAUUCUGUUGCAGGCAGUACCUGUGCCUGUGACAUUUAUGCAACCACAUUCCAGACAGCCACUCCACACUGCAGUGGCCCCUCUAACUGGGGAAAGAAUUACAUUGUCCCAGAGAACCAGUGUUGUCAUUACAGUGGAGGGAGAAUGCAGUAUCCCCACAACAGACGUGCUUCCUGGAGGACUGAAGUCUGGAUCCAGUGCAACAGGAUGUGUUGCAGUAUAAACUUAUCACCUGGAAAGGCCCAUAACCAAAUGAAGGAGACAAAACUGCAAAAGGGAAAGUGAAAUUGAAAGAAAAAGGGGUGGAGAUAAAGGCUGUAUUAGUGUGUGGGUUAUUUUUCAUAAAAUAUAUGGUAUGGAUUUGGGGUAUUUUUAUGAAAUCAAUGGAACAACAGUUUCAUAUUUAAAAUUAUAAAAGUAAUGUAUAGCAUUUCACAUGGAGUGCCACAACUCCCCCCCCCCCACAUUGCAAUUGAUUUUAAUAAGAUCGUUUUUAUCGUGAGUUUUGCUUUGUUGAUGAAUGUUAGAACCAAUUAUGCUUGCACUGUAAGUGCUGAUCAUGCCACUUUCUCCUUUUUUUGAUGGUAAUUUUUGGUUUGGGCUUUUAAAAAAUAAACCUGUAAAUAUGCGCGAAACAAGGAAAUUAACCUAGGGCCUUUGUAUGUCAUUAGCCACAAGAGCAAAUACACAUCAAAUAUCAAUGUGACUCCCAAAUUGCCAAGUGAAAUAUAUACCGUAUAUAGAUUGUUAAGUAUGGCUCAGGCGUGGUUUGGCAUGCAAAAAUUGACUAUAGCAUGUUACAGGGCUGGUUAGCUUUGACUGUGUAAGUGUGACAAUGCAGCGCUGGAGUGACUCUGGAAACAAUAUUCUAGAUAUCUCAAAAUACUGGAAUCAGUGUGUUCUUUUUUUAAAAAACAGUGGAAAUUUCUAAGUUGCUUAACUUUUGUUCUACAUUCUUUGUGUUGUAUUACAACAUAUGUAGAAACAGUAACCUGUGAACUAUGCUUUUCAUAACUUUUUAAAAAAAUAUCUAAAUGAAUGCAGUGUGCAUAAAUAUUUUUUUAAAAAUGCAACCAUGAACUAUUUGCACCUUUUUUGCUAAUGCCUCUAUUUACUUGCUUGGCAUAAAGAAUGAGCCAGCCAACUCUGUGUCCUGUGGAAAAAUAUAUAAAUGUUGUUGGAAAUUGCUCAUAGAUGUAAUGCUAAUUAAUAUUA